UGCUCACUUCAUUUAAACAGCAAGGAAGUCUGGGCUAGAGGCAGAGGGAGAGAAAGGAGUGCUGAGUAGAGGAAAGCAGGAGCAGUCGUUAGAACAUAUUCAAGGAUUGGACAAGAACGUCACGAUGAAGCUUUAUUGCCUGUUGCUGCUUCUUUCUAUUUCAUCUUCUACCGUUCCCCUGGUGACCUCAGGUAGGGCUCAGUCCACCACCGUGCCCACCUUUGCCCUCACCACUGCAGCGAGCCCAGCCGAGGCCAAGUCUCGUUUUGCUAUGCUGGACGAUGUUCGUCUACUCGCUAACGGCCUCCUUCAGCUAGGCCAGAGUUUACGGGAGUUUGUGCACAAAACUAAGGGCCAAAUCAACGACAUCUUCCAAAGGUUGAACAUUUUCGACCGCUCCUUCUACCAGCUCUCAGUGGUAACCUCUGAGAUCAAGGAGGAAGAGGAGGAACUGAAGAAGACCACCAGUUUCUUGAAGACCAACAAUGAGGAGAUCAAGAACCUGUCCAUGGAAAUCAACUCUAAGAUCAACGGCAUCCUUCAGGAGCGUACCCAGCUGCAGAGCAAAGUGGGGAACCUGGAGGAGCGACUGCAGGGACUGUCGCAGAGGAUUAUCCCCGCUGAGCAGCUUAGCGAAAUCACAGCACUCAGGGAAGUGAUUGAAUCACAAGAGAAAACAAUCAACAAUCUGCUGGUAGCUGUGAAGGAGCAGCACGAUCAGCUCGACAACCAGAAAACCAACAUUAAAAGACUGGAGGAAAAGCUUAACUAUGACAGCUUUCAGGAUACAAUCGAUAAGCCAAUGGAUUCAGUCCCUGCAGACAUGUUUGAAUAUCUGACAGGAAACUCAACUGACCUAGAUGUGAAUGACCUGCCAAGGGACUGCAGUGAGUUGUUUACCAAAGGAGAGGCAAACAGUGGAAUUUAUGUCAUCAAACCAAGCGAAUCUGAACCAUUCAACGUUUACUGCGAAAUGGGUUCAGACGGGGGGUCAACUGUUAUCCAACGCAGGGUCGAUGAUUCAUUGGAUUUUGAACAGCUAUGGGAGAAGUAUGAAAAAGGCUUUGGAGAUCUGGAAAAGAACUUCUGGUUGGGCCUAAAGAAGAUCCACAGCUUCACACAGCAGGGAGCUUACGUCCUGCGUGUUGACUUGGAGGACUGGAAGGAGGGGAACCACUGGGCUGAGUACCGCUUCACACUAGAGGGUCCCUCCAUGGGCUACAGCCUGUAUGUCAGCAACUAUUCUGGUAACCUGCCUGAUGCCAUGGCCAACAGCACCGGCAUGAGGUUCUCCACAACGGACAGAAAUAAUGAAAACCACCGAAACUCCAACUGCUCUCGCAGUUACACAGGUGGUUGGUGGUUUAAUGCUUGCAGAGAAACCAACCUUAAUGGACGGUAUUUGUGGUUGAGGGCAAAAGGACGCUCUAUGAGGAGGAAGGGCAUCCACUGGAAGCCAUGCACAGCGCCCUCAUACUCACUCAAGACGACCAAGAUGACCCUACGAUCGGCUCCUACAGCUGACGGCUUCAAGUGAACCCGUCAAAUCAUACCUUUUCACACUACUAACCUUUUUUUUAUACAAACACUGAUAAGAUCUAAUGCUCAAACAAACAGUUCUAUAGAUGUGAAAAGUGUAGUAACACAUAAACAUUUUUAGUUUAUUAAACGGAUUGUAUCUUAACAGCGUUUUGUCAGAGGUUUGGUGCUAACCAAUAGAUCAGUGGUUCCCAAACUUUUUGUGCCCAAGGCACACCAAAGGACAAGUAAAAAUCUCAAGGCACACCUAUUGUGCAAAAUAGCCCUUAUAACACGUGUUAUCACUCAUAUCAUGUAAAAUAUCUGUA